CUCGCAAUUACUUACAUCCUCUGAUGUUUUCUCACAGUCAGUUGUCGGCAUUGCAACCGUUCUGUUGGACCGGUCCUCGGCUGAUUUAUUCUUAGUUACUGCUGCUACUGCCGCUAUCGCUGCUACAACUGCUAGUCAUCUCGCACCUCCAUCAGGUGGUUCGCUACAUCUAUGCACACCUGCAACUAACCCAGAGGUUACAUGCAACCGCUAGCACCUACCAAAUCUACACCGACACGAACAAUAAACCGCAGCAAACGAUAAUCUUCACUGUACAACACCACCCUCGCAAAUUGGCUGUCAAUCAGGAUCAAUCCACCUCCAGCCGAGCUUUUUGUUCACGAUUCGACAGGCGAAAGCAGCUACCCACCCGUGUGCAACACAAGCGGCAACUUAGAGUUACUGUUACUCGAGCGAAAGCAAGACCAAAUAUUGGAUGCGGUCACCCUUGUAUUGGUCUUGAUUUCUUUUGUGAGCCAAGAGCCUAUCGCAGGUCUUUCUUUGCUUCGUCUUUAUUUUUAUUUUAUUUUUAUUUCUUUUUAUUACCUCCCAAUUGGUUGGAGGGGGAGGAAUCUGGAGGAGAACUUGUUUCUUCUUGUCACGCAUAAUAUAAGCAACUUGGAAAAAACAUGCCUGUCCCAUUGUCCAUCGCGGCACCAGCAGCCGUUGCUGGUCUCGCCUACUUGAACGCCAAGGCACAGCUAUGGUAUGAUGGGAAGCUAGCUAGGUCUGUUCUGCCGUCCAUCAUGCGGAUGACGAUGGCCGAGUACACUGGCCGGACGAGCUUGUUUUAUAUGCUCGAGGAGCGUGCCCAAGACAAGAGCUCGGCCGGCCGUGUUUUCAUCCGCUUCGGUGACCAUGCCUAUACGUAUGCCGAUGUCUAUACCAUCGCGCUGCGUUAUGGCAAUUGGAUCCAGAGGACAUAUGGCGUUAAACCCCACGAUGUGGUCGCCAUGGACUUUAUGAAUUCGGACAACUUUGUUUUCAUGCUCUUUGGCCUCUGGUCUAUCGGCGCCAAGCCUGCCUUCAUCAACUACAAUUUGCGAGAACGGGCUCUUUCUCAUUGUGUCGCCGCCGCCAAGAGUAGGCUAUGCUUUAUCGACCCGGCCGUGGCCGAUGCUUUGACGGAUUAUUUGCGUGAUAGCCUGCCGGAAACCAAAUUUGUCCUUUUUACGCCUGAGGUUGUGGCUGAAAUCAUGGCCACGGAGCCGAUCCGGCCGCCAGAUGAAGUGCGCUACGAGACGCAGCAACAUGCCAUGGCCAUCCUGAUCUAUACAUCUGGCACAACGGGGCUGCCAAAGGCCGCUGUGGUAUCGUGGGCAAAGGUCAUAGUCGCAGGCGGGUUCACUAGCCGAUUGCUGAACCUGCAGACGACGGACGUGUACUACACGUGCAUGCCACUAUACCACUCCACAGCAACGCUGAUGGGUUUAGGUGCGGUUCUGACGGCUGGCGCGACGCUUGCACUGGGUGUCAAGUUUUCAACCAAAAACUUCUGGAAUGAUGUGCGCCACUAUGACGCAACCAUGAUACAAUAUGUGGGCGAGACGUGUCGCUACCUGCUCUCGGCUCCCGCCCUAAAGGACCCCGAGACUGGCGAAAACUUGGACAAGAAGCAUCGUGUGCACACAGCCCAUGGGAAUGGGCUGCGACCGGACGUAUGGAAUAAGUUCAAGGACCGGUUCGGUGUAGGAACCAUUGUUGAGUUUUACGGCGCCACCGAGGGCAGCUUCGCAACAUACAAUGUGUCGACCAAUGACUUUUCAGCGGGGGCCAUCGGGCGCAAUGGUUGGCUGUAUAGCUUGAUUCUGAGCUACUCGAUUGCCUUUGUCGAGGUAGACUACAACACGGAUCUGCCGAGGCGGGACCCCAAGACGGGUUUCUGCAAGCGGAGUAAGAGUGGCGAGCCAGGCGAGUUCAUCUUCAAGCUGCCAUCUGAUGAUCACAGUAGCCGGUUCCAGGGGUACUAUGGAAACAAGGAGGCGACGGAGGCAAAGAUCAUGCGCAACGUUUUCAGCAAAGGCGACGCAUGGCUGCGGACGGGUGAUGUAAUCAGGGCGGACAACGAAGGGCGGCUCUUCUUCCACGACCGUAUCGGAGACACGUUCCGAUGGAAGGGAGAGAACGUCAGCACACAGGAGGUCAGCUUGGUGCUCGGACGACACGACUCUGUCAAGGAGGCCAACGUUUACGGAGUGGCGGUGCCGAACCACGACGGGCGGGCAGGUUGUGCUGCGCUCACGCUGUCCGACGCUCUGGCGACUGGAGAGAAGCUGGGCGAGGAACUGUUAAGGGGCUUGGCUGUUCACUCGUCAACAUCGCUCCCAAAAUUCGCGGUGCCGCAGUUUCUAAGGGUUGUCCGCGGCGAGAUGCAGUCAACGGGCACCAACAAGCAACAGAAGCACGACCUGAGGGUGCAGGGUGUAGAGCCUGGCAAGGUAGGCCCAGACGAGGUGUACUGGUUGCGAGGAGGGACAUAUGUACCAUUUGGAACAGAGGACUGGGAUGGGUUGAAGAAGGGUAUUGUGAAGUUGUGAUUUGAGUCUAUGGUGAGAGAGAUGGGGUUGGCGUACAUACCUUAUAGAAGGAGGGGCCUUUUGUGCUUGUUUGUUGGUUGUUGUUUAAGCCUGCCUGUACUUGGUUGAGUUGUUUCGGUGUAUUUGUUUGUCUUUUGCUGCGGGAAGUGGCUGGUUAAUUUGCGGCUUGAGGCUAUUUACUUCGAUGUCUAUAUUUCAGAAUCUACUCCCUCCCAUCUACAUUUCAUUGCAAUAGACCCCAGUUGCUAC